UUUAAAAAUGAGUAAGGUAGUUACUACCAGAAAUUAGAUGCAGGAUGAGAUAUGGGCAAAAUGCAAAAAGAAAAACAGUUCUUUAGCAGUCUGUGCAGAGACAUCCCACUUCAUGCUACUUCCUCCCUGCAAGCGCAACAUGACCUAUAUAUUCUAUUACUUCUGACCAUCUGUAAAAACUGAUAUAUACCAUAUGCAGCUGUAUUGGCAGAGCUUCCCAAAACAUUGUUUCAAUAACUCAUUUCCAUGGUUGGAACAGACCUGCCAAAAUAAACUACUGGCUGAGUCGUGCCUUACGGAUCUGUGAUAAGAGAGUCUCUGCGGCUGCUGCAUCCACAGUGAGAGACCAACAUAACUGGAGAGAACUAUCUGUCUUUUCAGGGGAAAAUAGGACGCUGAAACUUAGGCCUCUAAGAGGAAAGCAUCAAGAAUCUUUGGCAAUUGGGCAAACUUGGCAAACAUCUGAAGAUCAAGUUGGGUUGCUCAAAUAUUUUUUAGACCCCUGCUUAUGGAAAGUUCUGUGCAACCAAUGUACAAUGACACUUCACCUGCUGAGUAAAAUGCAAGGAUCACAAAUGAUUACUUUAACAGCAUAAGCAUUAAUGAUGGACUUUUUCAAAUGUGAAGUGUGUAACUAUGUAAAUAUUAUAUUCUGAAGUGUGUUUCAAAAAAAGCUCAAAAAAAGAAAAUAACUCCCUUCAUAUAAGACAGGUUUACUAAUCAUUUUUAAAUCCUUUUUAAAAUAAUGUAUCAAAUCAAAAAUUCAACUGAAAAUACAUCACACGACCAUUGCAUAUUCAAUUCAACCAUAACCAGCCGGGUCCUGCCCGUUUUCUACAGCUUGAUUUUUAUUGUAAGUAUCAUUUUAAAUGGACUAAACUUUUGGAUCUUCUUUUAUGUCCCCAGUAACAGGAGUUUUAUUGUGUACUUGAAAAACAUUGUUGUUGCCGAUCUUCUAAUGACACUGACGCUUCCACUGAAAAUCCUCAGUGAUGUGGAGUUGGGAUCGCCCGUGUUAAACAUGAUAGUCUGUCGCUACACUGCUGUCAUUUUCUACUUAAAUAUGUACAUAGGAAUUUCGUUUUUGGGCAUUCUUGGUUUGGAUAGGUAUCAUAAGGUAGUGAGGCCAAUGCAUACUUCUUCUGUCCAAAAUGUUGCAUACAGUAAGGCUCUGUCGACUGUUGUGUGGAUGUUUUUGGCUUUUAUUACAGUCCCAAAUGCGAUUUUAACUGAUAAACCUUUUAAUGCUGAUACAUAUAUCGACUGCGCUCAGCUUAAAAGUCGCCUUGGAAUACAGUGGCACCAAGCAUCUAAUUAUAUUUGUGUAAGUAUAUUUGUGAUUGUGUUUGUCCUACUGGUCAUAUUUUAUGUUUCCAUUUCCAGGACAAUAUACAAAUCCCAUCAAAGGUUUAAAAACGGUUCAAACAUCAAGACCAAAUCCAGUCGAAAUAUAUACAGCAUUUUGUUUGUUUUCUUUGUGUGUUUUGUUCCCUAUCAUGCUGUCCGCAUUCCAUAUACAUUAAGUCAGGUCAGGUAUGAUUAUAGCUGUUCAUAUAAAAAUACCAUGUAUUCUGUAAAGGAAGUGACAUUGCUGCUAGCAGCUUCCAAUGUCUGCCUUGACCCUAUUAUAUAUUUUUUCAUGUGUCGACCAUUUAGAAACAUGUUAUUUAAGAAACUGCAGUUGAAGUGGCGAGAGAAGGAGCAAGAUAAGACAUGUAGAGUGUCUUCUGCUAUGCCUGGGAUGUCACUGUGACUUCUAAGGCAAAUGUGAUUGUCAUAAACAAGGUGACAAAAUAGAUUGGCAAAUGGAAAAAAAACUGUUGUUCACAAGCUUUUCUGCUAUUUUAUGUAUGUCCCAAUUUGAAUGGUUUUUCAAAAUAAAUCUGUUCCUUUACUCUCUGUUUUUCUAGAACCAAUAACUGUCCAUUUUACAGACAUGCUCAGAUGAUUGCAUUGCAGACAAAGGGACAGGUUCAACUCAGUGAGAAAACGUUAUCUCUUGGUUUAUUAUGUGAAAAAUCAUAAACAAGAUUCAA